AUGACCACAGUUUUCUCACGUGGUGUAGAGAAAAUUCUCCAGGGUCGUAUGGAUUAUGCUAAGUUACUUACUGUCCAAGAUAUCGACGAACACCAAGUACAAGUAACAAGUGGGACAUCUCUGCAUGUUGUCAAUUUGAGAGAUAAAAAGUGUACGUGUCGCAGGUUUGACUUGGAGAAGCUCCCUUGUGCACACGCAAUUGCGGCCGGUGAAUACAGAAACAUCUCCCGCAUUUCAAUGAGUCAUCCUUAUUAUCGAAAAAAUUAUGUGUACACUUCCUACGCGAAUGCCAUCAUGCCAAGGGAGUUUGAUAAAUCUGUUCCGGGACAUGUUAUAAUGAAGGUAUGUUCAGCACCGAUCCCUAAACAACAACCAGGUAGGCCAAAGAAUUCAAGAAUUAAAUCCGCAUUGGAGAUUGCAAUGGAAAAGAAGAAACCAAGAAAACUAUACACAUGCGGUAAUUGCAACAAAGUAGGACACAACCGUAAGACAUGUACUCUAUAA